GUGAUUAUUUUGGGUCUUCAACUUCAUCUACUUCACAGAACUUAAGUUUACUAGGUGAUUCCAUUAAUGAAAAUGAAUAAGGAUAGUGAUGUCGUCAAAACUAUUGCCAAAGUGUAUGUUGGGGGGUUGGCUGAAAAUGUUGAAAAACACCACCUAGAGGAGAUUUUUGAAAGGUUUGGGCUCGUCAAAACCGUCUGGAUUGCUCGAAAUCCUCUCUCAAGAGGUUAUGCUUUUGUGACUUUUUUCGAACCGAAACAUGCAGAAGAAGCGGUAAAAGGAGUGGAUGGCACUUCCUUACUAGGUUCAAAGUUGAAAGUUCAACUGUCUAAAAAUGAAAUUGUGAAAAUGGAGAGAGAUCAAAAAGACAGAGAAAAAGACUCCAGGGAUUUUAUGGACCAAAGGAGACAUCGGCCAAGGGACAGAGGCAGGUACGAAGAUCGAAAACGAGGCAGAUCGUGGGACAGGGAAAGGUCUCCGGUUGAGAGAAGGUAUGAUGACGAACGUGCACGUGGGGUUUCGCCGACAACCCUGGACCCUGGGGUUAUACAGGAAUCCCUGAUGCUACGAGAGGCUGUUCUCAGAUCAGGUUUAUCACCGUAUUCGUUCAUCACCAACUCACUUCUCCAAACUGCUGCACUUCCAAGUAUUCCAAUAACUUGUGUAAAGUCGCCUGCUUUUGGAACAUCUUUGAACUAUUUGCCCUAUCCUCCUACGCUUACAGACUUGCGUCAGCAAAGUGACAUUACUCCACAUAUCACAGGUCAGGGCAUUAUCCUGCCGACCGCAAUCCCUCCUAAUGGCCCGCCAUCUGUACCGUACCCCCAUACAGUACCAGGUAUGCAUUCGUCAUUCAUUCAAUCUUCAACUACAUUUCCAACUCCGCAGCAUCGACACGGGACCAAAACAAUGACACCGGAAGUCUCAUGCACUGUUCAUGGGAAUGAAUCUUCAUCGGUCGGAUUUUCAUCAGGUGGACAUCAACCAAAUCAUCCUCAAGGGGGUUCAGAGUUACCCAAAUAGUAUAUAAUUUUCUACAGUUGAACGGGCAUUGUACAACCUGACUUCAUUUCUUGUAUCUACUGGAUUACUCAAACAGCAGAGUACUUUACGUUACCUGCAUUAGAAUAAUAAAA